AUGGAAAACUGCGUCGUUCCAUUCCAGCGUGAGGAUGAAAUAUGCGCUGACCUUAUCAUAAAAGAAGGACAGCUGGUUUCAAAAUCACAGCGGCAAUAUCUUCCAAAGCACCCACUGAUCUCCCUCGAAAAUAGCGUGGUUGUACCAUUCGUGGAAAAAGAGCUCCUGACUCCAUUGCUUGAUCAGAUGUCUCCUUGGCUCUGGGUCCUCGCGGCACCGUUCAGUGCACAUGUCUCCGCUCUGCACGUCCAGGGCGUUCGAGGGCGGACUAUCGUUAUCGCCGAGGAUCCAGAGCUACAUCUCGUAUGGAUUAGCAACAGGGUCUUUGUCAAGCCAUUGCCAGCCUACCUCCUUUCUCACGCCUUCUGGUCGUACCUUGUGUUCUCAAGCAAAGCAGCGUCAGAUCAGGAUCGACGUCGCAUCAGACAAAUAUUACAGGCUGCUUUGGGAUACGUACGGACGUACACAUUCCUCAUCCAGCACGAGUCAGACCUGCGAAUCGCACAACACGAGGGUCUCGUCCCACAAGGGCUUGACAUUGAAACCUGGGCGGCGUUCAUACAGGGCUUCAGGGCCAUCGAGGACUUGCAGGUGUCCGGCAGAUAUCAGUAUGGCGAGCUUCGACUCACACGGCUCAAUUUCUGGGCCAAAAUGUUGUUGAGACGCUGGUACUUCCGCAAGGUCUACUGGCAGUAUACCGAAUACUUUGCGAAAUAUUUCGCGCCGUUGCUUUUCAUCUUCGGAAUAUGGGGUCUGAUUCUAGAGAGUAUGCAGGUAGGCCUGCAAGCUCGACCCAGAUGGGAUGCAUUUGGUGACGUGAGUGCAUGGUUCAGUGUUGCAACGUUGAUCGGUGUGUUGGCAGUGGCGGCCUUUCUCCUGGGUGGCUUCUGUAUCCUUGCAGGGCGGGAGAUGCGGUACGCGUUUGGACAGCAAAUUCGCAAGCGCAAGCAAAGAAAGAAAAUAAAAGUGGCCAGCGCCUCGAAGGUUGGUGGGGGGUAUGAAGCAUGA